AAAAGAAGAACAUUCUUACUUCAUACACUAGAAUAAUCUGGUACUCGAAACGCAAACAUGGCAGGCGAGGUUGUUGUUGAUGCGUUGCCUUACUUCGAUCAGGGAUAUGACGACCCUGGAGUUAAAGAAGCUGCCAUUGCCCUCGUUGAGGAAGAAACCAGAAGAUACCGCCCUACUAAAAAUUAUCUUGAUUAUCUGCCCAACGCCAGUUACCAUACUUUUGAAACAGAAAUAAUGAAAGGCGAAAUGGAGAGGGUUCAGGCUCGCCUCCCCAUGGACAUGAUGAGCAUGAAGCGGUACGAGUUACCAACACCACCUGCAGGAAAGAUGACAGAUGUCGCAGCGUGGCAGGAAUGUGUGGACAACUCACAGGCUCAGCUAGAGCACCAGUCUCUGCGUAUCCUCAACCUGGAACUCAUGUCAGAGUAUGGGGCAGCGUCGUGGAGGUCGUACAACUCAGUCCUCACUAACAUGAUUGACCAGGCACAGAAGCACUUGCAGGAUUUGCGUAAAAAGAUUCAAGAGAUCAACUGGCAGCGAAAGACAGAGCAAACACAAGCUGGUGAGAAGCUGAGAGACUUGGAGACCAGCUGGGUUGGAUUGGUCAGUAAAAACUAUGAAAUUGAAAGAGCCUGUGCCGAAAUUGAGAAAGAAAUUUCUGAGGAAGAACAGAAACAAGCUAGGAGGGGUAGAAAAAGGCAACACGAGAGUGAAGAGUCUUGAUUGUUACUGUUUUAAUGUGAAAAUGGAUCAGCAUGUCAGAAAUAUGCAGCAGGUAGGCAGGGAAAGCCACCAGAGAAGCAGAGCGAUAUUUUUUACUUAGCACUUUUGAAAAUGUAUCAAGUGAAUGUGAGACUGAGACUGCAUGAAAGAACAAGUGAAAAGUUUUGUUUUGAAUGUGUGAAAGAAUAUGACAUGUUUUAUGAAACAUUUAGGGUAUGUAAAAUAGUUUUAUUUGGGUGCAUUUGUAGCGUUUUUGUCAAAAUACUGUAUUGAAAAGCAAAACUGAUAUUGAAAACUUUUAAUUCUCUAAGAGCAGUAAAAGAGCAAAGUGGUUGCCAAUCAUUAUCAGCAUUCUUUUAUAAAUUAAAUAUAUUGGCCAUAUGGCUUCUCCCUUUGUUGUAGACAGAAAGCUUUUCAAUCUUUCUGAUGGACAGUUUUUAUGUGAGAUGAUGGAUUGUAUGGAUGUUGGAUUAAGUAUUGAUGGAGAGGAAGGAUCGCAAGAUGAAUAUCAGGUCCAUGCUAGAAAAAAAGUGUCAUGCCGAUUGUUCUGAAUUGUCUGAGCGUAUUUGCCCUUAUGUUGUGUAUUGUGAAUGAUAAAAACAGCAUGAAUGUUUGUUGUGUAAGACUGGUUAUGUACUUUUUUUUUUAGAAAGCUAUGAGUGAAUGAGGUUUUGACUGGACCGUGAAACAAAUGAAGGAAGUGCUCAGGAAGAAGAGAGUUUCGUAAGUCAUCAUGGUAAAACCAAUUAAGAGUCAAAGAUGCAAUUCUUAACAACAUUAUCAUCUGUCCAGCCACAGACUUAUUUUGUUCCUUAGAGUCUUAAGUUAGAAAUGUUCAUUGGGUUGCCAAGAAUCUCAAGUGUGGUGAGAAAUUCAAGAAGGUAUUAAGAUCAGCCCUCCUUAGCGUGCACAUUUUUCAUCAACAAAUCAUAUAAUAGUCAUGGAUGGAUAGGGAUAUAUCUAUCUGUUGUGACAAAGGGAGUGUUUGCAGUUUUUUUCAACUUUAGAGGACUUAACAGCAGUCCUAUUUGACCUGUAGAGCGUUUCCUUGUCAUAUUUUAUUCAUCUGUGGGUUGUUUUUUUCAUUUAGUUGAGAAUUUUGUAUGUUUCAUUUUCAUGAAUUCAUGUCUCAUUGUUGUACAGUGCAGCCUCUCUAUAAUGACAUUAUGGGGAACAGAAAAAAAUGUUGUUGUAGAGAGUUGUUGUCAUAGUGAGGCAACCAAAAAUUACUAAUGAUAUACAUGUAUAAAGGAAAAAAAUCGGUACCUCUUUAUAGUAUAGAUAGGCUGCACUGUAUUUGAAGUGUUUUUCAUGUUUACUUCAAGUUUCGUUAUCAAUUAAAUGUUUUAAAAUAU